UCCUGAAAAGCUUUGUAGAGUCAGACCUGCCUGUGGCGCACUUCUACCUGCUGCGUUACUGACAGCGAGGAGCAGCAACUUUGACUUUGUUUUAGCUCGGAUUGACCUUUGACAUGAACAGGUGAUUCCUGCCAAAGGUUAGAAAAAGUCCUUUUCUUCAGUUUGAACCAGUAAACGUCAACAAUGAAGAAGGGACUGCAUUUUCUGGGUCGAAAGAACCAAUCUCUUUAUGACACCAACAUUAAAAUCCAGGACAGAGACAAUAUUGAGUUAGUGCUGGAUUCAAAAUCUGCAGUCUUCGAAUCGGGUACUGCUAAGGUGAAAGCCAGACCCACCGUCAAGCAUCACACUUCCUCGUUGGAAGCUUUCCAAGGAUUUGCUGUACCAACUCCUACUGUUCCUGAUCUUCCUCCUGCCAAUGGCCCAAAGAUCAAUGGGACAGCACCAGGCCAAGAAGAGAAGAUAUUUGUCCCUCCUCCUCCUUCAAUGGCCCCUCCACCGCCUCCAGUGGAUUUCAUUCCACCUCCGCCAGACUUCAUGGGUGACUUAAACAGCUUAGACCCACUGGCCCUCCAGCCUCCGUCUAUGCCAGCUCCAAAGCCACCAUCUCUGGUGGAGGAGGAUUUGUCCAUCUUAAAACCACCGCCAAUGGCACCUCCAAAACCUCCAUCUACCUGCUCCACUGGAUCCGGGUCAUCAGUACCCAUCUCUGUCCCACCAGCAAAAGUCCCUGAACGUCCAAAGUUUGCCCCACCACAGCCCCCCACUGAAAAGCAGCAGAAGACUGUGAAGGUCCCACCUCCAAAGCCCAUCAGAUUAUCAUCUAUGUCUACUUUGGAGUCCCCUCCUCACUCCCCUGCACCACCUCCCCCAAUACAGUCAUCAAAAUUGUCCACCUUUAACCCUCAAAACAAAGCAAAAGUUUAUGAUCCUCCAGAACCCACAUUUCCUAGCCAAAAGCCAAAAGCAAAGCAGAUGUUACUCUUACAAGAAUCAGGAUCAGUUGAAUCUGCACCUGUGCUGGUAACGGUAGAUGGAAAAGCUCCUCAAGCUUCUCAGCUAACUAAACCAGAGCCCAGAGCUGUAAAUGAAGUAAAGGAGGCAUUAGAAAUAAAACAAGACACCAUAUUACCUGAGUUCCAAAAAGAAAAGAAAAUAGAAGUUAAAACUGAGUCUAAAAAAGCAGCUCCAAUACCGGCUCCAAUAGUGGAGACUAAAGCAGAAAAUGUUCCAACUCAGUCUGAUAUUACCAAGCCCCUCCAGCCUCCAUCCUCACAGAAAACGACUAGUGUCCAGAUAAAUUCACACACUAACAAGAACCAAUUGAAAGCCUCUCCAGCUCAAGGCCGCAGCUUCAGUCCCUUAUUGGACCGUAAACUGUACAGCCUGAAGGCCAAUGAAACCAAACCGUCAACAUCGCCGUUGGCUCUCCUGCAGGCGGCAAAGGAAAGAGAGAAACAAAGAACCACUUCUUCUCUGUCACGCGAAAGCAGCACCAAGAUGAGUGAAUCAGUGUAUUCAAAUUCCUCUACUGACAUUCCAAGGUCAACUUCUUCAAUUAUACCCAGUCAAAUUAGGCCAAAUGAGAAUGCAACUGUUAGACCUGUAGAACAAAAGAUUCAGAGUCCAGAAAAACCCUUAAGUCCAACAGCCCUGGCCAAAGAUCAGAAACUAUCGAAUGAUUUAGUUUUGACUAAUUUCACAGCGUCCCCAACUGUGAACAGCCUGGGUGAGCAGAAGCAAAGGGCAGAGGAAAAACUCUCAAAGUUGCAGGAUGAACACAAUGACAUUCCUAAAGAGGUAACUUUGCCAUUGCUGCCUCCACCGCCAGAGUUCGGUGACUUUGAUGAUCAAAUACCAGAGUCACCACCCUCCAUCCGUCCGCCUGAUCCCCCCUCGACAAAAGCACCAGCACCCCCGGAAGUCACACCAACACCACUAGUAGUUACAAAGUCUCCAGCACCAGCUAAAGCCCUAGCUCAAACCCCAGCACCAGCUAAAGCCCUAGCUCAAACUCCAGCACCAGCUAAAGCCCCAGCUCAAAUUCCAGCACCAGCUAAAGCCCCAGCUCAAAUUCCAGCACCAGCUAAAGCCCCAGCUCAAACUCCAGCACCAGCUAAAGCCCCGGCUCAAUCUCCACCCCCUGCUAAAGCCCCAUCUCAAUCUCUAGCUCCACCACCAAAGCUCCCCCCUCCUGAUGUACAUGUCAAACCAAAGGCACCAGUCCAGACUAAAUCCAGUCCAGUCCCGACUCAACAACCAAACAAUAUUUCAUCCAACCAGGCCACCCUCCUUAGUAUUUUACAGAAGAAGAUGUUGGAAAUGGAUCACAAAAUGGCUCCAGUUAACAAGUCAGAGCAAGGCUCUGAUGAGUGGGGUAGCUCUUUGUUUGAUGAAGACAACAAGAUGCCACCGGUGCCAAAACCGAAACAGGAAAGCAAAAAUCCCCCCACCCCCACUAACAAAACAGCAUCUUUAGACAUGAAAGAGUUGGAGAACAAAGUACUACAUAAAAACCAGCAGAGCACACAAGUGAAAAGUCCCACCACCAAAAACGGGAUCCAAUCAAGACAUCAAUAUGGUUUGACGUUCACCAUCAGACCUGGAACCAAACAACCCAUAACACUUGUUAAUAAGGGGCACUGAUGUUGGACAAACCUGCUGUUCACACAGGAGCAUUUGCCAAAGCUACUUCCACAGUAAAAUGGGAUAAUUUGAAAGAUCUUCCUUUCUGCGACUCCGGCCUGUUUCUCUUUAAAUAAAAGACCAAUAAAAGCUACAUUUUUGGAGUGAGGCUAGGUAUUUAAAUGUUGUUAAUGUCAGAAAAAACAUUAACAAAGAGGCCUGUCAGAAACCUCACCAUUAAUAUGAUUUCUCAGAGUUUUUGUAAAUCCGCCUGUUUCCAUUAGACUAAUAAUGCAGGUCAAAGAAAUUUUUUCAUGUGUUGAGGAGAUGAAACACUUUGGCAAUUGAACAAGACAAUUUAAAUUUAAAUAGGAAAAAACAAUUGCAUUGUCUUAUUUCAGGUGCAUUUCAUCCAAUUGUCUUAUUUUAAGAGUAAAAUACUCAUUCCAUUGGCACAUCAUCUUUUUUACCUACUCAAAUUAAGGGUAAAUACAUUUGAUAUAAGACAUUAUUGCUUAUAUCUAGAUAAUUUUUGCAGUGUGAUCUUUUAAAUGUUGAUGCAGUAAAUCUCAUCAUUGAUGCAGAAUAGGUUAAAGCUUUGGGUCGUUUUUGCUGAAAUUUCAGAUAAAGAGUAGGUGCAGAUUGAUUUUUCUCUCUCAAAAACAACAACAAAGAUAACUUUAAAAAGAUAGCAAGAGUAAUGUGGUUGGCACCUAAACAUUAUGUAUCAUUUGUGCAAUAACACAAACAUGCCUGGCGAAGAUGUUACAAGCAUUUUAUUAUUAUUUUGGAAGUUAAUGCGGAAAUUGUAGGGAUGGUCGUUGUGUUUCUUAAGUAGAGCUUUCUUCAGAUCUAGACAUUAAUAUGGAUAAUCUUUAGAGUGUUGUGGCUUUUUUUCUGCCUGUUAAAUCCUAUUUUAUUUGGAGACGCACAAACCAGUCUACCAAUCUUUCCUUGACUGGCGCCUUUAAAAAAAAAAAUGUUCUCCUUAUUCUUUUUGAAUGUUUCCAAAAGUUUUGAAGAAAUCAGGAAAGCUUAGGGAAAUAUGUUUUGUGCAUAAAAGGAGUUAAUAGUUAUUUUGUGGGUUAAUCUUACAGGUUAAGAGAAGCUACGCGUUUUUGUUUUUCUAUUUUAUGCGGAUUAGUCCCAAAACAAUCAAAAUGGACAAUCUGAAAAUCGAUAUCAGGCAGGAAAAAAAGCCUCACCUGUGCAUUUAUACCUGUUUUUGUUUGUUUUUUAGCAAUUUCAAUGUAUACUGGAAAUUAUAUUUGUUUGUGUAAAUUCUGGAGGUUUUAAAAUGUCUUUAGUUCUCUCAAAUAUUAAUUGUAAAUUAAACCAUUGUAUAAAAGAUCUUUAUAUGCUGGAAUUACACACAAUGUACCCAUAAUGUUUACUGUUACAUGUACAUAAGUCCACCAGAACAAAGCAGACUGCCAAUUUAGGUAACCAGUUGCAUGGUUUUUUUAUAUUUAUUGAUUUUAAAAAUAUUUUAAUAUAAGGAUAUCCUGUGAUUAAUUAUUGAUGUAGUUACAUUCGCAUUAUUAUUGUACAUAAUAGCCUCAUGAUGAUUUUUUUUUUUGUCUGUGUGUAAUUUUUAUAAAGCUUUUAAGGAUACA